AUGGAGAAGGACGAGAUCGUUGCUGCGAUCCAGACAAAUGGCGUGGACCUGAACGCCAUCAGCCAUGAUGCAGCUUACAAUCUCUCACUGCGUGCAGUGGAUCCGGUAGAUGUACAAGUGACGCAACUGUCACUCGACAUCAACACAACUCCUCCAAUAUGGAAAUCAUCACCAUCCCAGAUCCGCGAUCGCCUGCGCGGCCGAGCGCCGCAGUCCUCUUUCAAGAGAGUACUGGACGGAGUCAGCGCGAAGAUGCCGAGUGGGAGCUUGACAGCUAUCAUCGGAAGCAGUGGGUCGGGCAAAACGUCUCUUCUGAAUAUGAUGGCGGGUCGAAUGUCUCUUUCCCGAGCAACGGUCGACGGCGCUACCACCUUUAAUGGAAAUACCGACAUUGAGAGUGUCCGUAGCGCCUAUGUGAUGCAAGAAGAUGUGCUGAUCCCGACCUUGACCGUGCGUGAGACUCUACGCUACGCAGCGGAUCUUCGCCUACCCCCGACCACCCAGGAAGAACGACAUGCGAUUGUGGAACAGGUCAUUCUCGAAUUGGGCUUGAAAGAGUGUGCCGAUACCCGGAUCGGAACCACCGCGCACAAAGGCUGUAGUGGUGGGGAGAAGCGGCGCACGAGUAUCGGCGUGCAGCUGCUCGCCAAUCCCUCGGUGUUAUUCUGCGACGAGCCAACGACAGGGCUUGAUGCUACCAGCGCCUUUCAAAUUAUUCGAACACUAAAAGCAUUGGCUCGAAACGGAAGGACUGUCGUUGUGUCUAUCCAUGCGCCACGCUCGGAAAUUUGGAGUCUCUUCGACAAUAUGAUCCUGCUGGCACGCGGGUCCGCUUUAUACAGUGGCCCCGUGAGUGAAUCACUGCCACAUUUUGAAGGAUGCGGUCAUACUCUACCCCCCUUUGUCAACCCAGCUGAGUUUUUGAUUGAUCUGGCUGCAAUCGAUAACCGGACAGAGGAUCUGGAAGCAGCAUCUCGAGUGCGAGUCGAAAAACUCCGCCUUGCGUGGCGAUCACGACAAGAAUCAGUAGAGGGCGGGGAGGGUACGGGUGAGAAGGCACUCUCGAGGCUCUCAAGAGACGGUGCUGGCUCCGGGGCCAUGAAAAAGGUCUCUUUCCGUCGCCAAUUUCAAGUCCUCACCUCCCGCACCUUCAAAACAACGAUCCGGGACCCCAUGGGCGUUGCAGGCAGUCUGCUCGAGGCGAUCGGCAUGGCUGUGAUCAACGGCUGGAUCUUCCUGCAGCUCGACGAGAGCCUAGCGGGAAUUCGAUCCCGACAAGGUAGUUUGUAUACUGCCAGUAGUCUGAAUGGAUAUUUAAUCUUGCUUUACGAGACAUACCGCUUGACAAUUGAUAUCCGUCUGUUUGACCGGGAACGCAAUGAGGGUGUAGUCGGUGUCCCGGCGUUUCUUUUGAGUCGGCGCGUCGCUCGAUUCCCGCUCGAGGAUCUGCCAGUCCCGCUGCUCUUCUCGCUCAUCUACUACUUCAUGGUGGGGUAUCGACUCGAAGCGGCGCAGUUUUUCAUCUUCCUCGUGCUCACCCUCCUCACCCAUUACGUUGCAGUGACAUUCGCAACCGUAUCGAUCGGCGUGGCCCGCAGCUUUCCCGGCGCAAGUCUGGUGGGCAACCUGUGUUUCACCCUGCAAUCUUUCGCCUGUGGAUACUUUGUACAGUCCCAGCAAAUUCCGGUCUAUGUGCGAUGGCUGAAGUGGUGCGCUUACACCUUUUACAUCUUUGGGGCUCAAUGUGCCAACGAGUUCAUCGGCGUCGGCAACUCACAACUGGGCCAUUUUUACGCCUGCCCGUACUCGAAUGAUCCACGCGAUCCAGCUUGUCGAGAAUAUACCGGCCAGUUCAUCAUGGACAGUCUGGGCCUGCCCUCGAAUUGGAUUUGGCGACCCAUUGUGGUCCUGAUUGCAUUUGUCUUGGGUCAGUAUCUGGUUGCAGGUCUCUUGUUACAAUACAACCGCUUUGGAAUCAACAUUGCCCAAGCUCGAACCGCAGAAGGUGACUUGUCCUCGAGGAAAGCCAAGAUCUCAAUCCGUCCUGCCGAAGAGGCCCGGCGAGUUGCCAUUUCGUUGGACAAUGGUAAGACGUCGCUUCUCAACUCAAUUGCUCGACGGCUGCAAGGCUCGGCGAGCACGCAAUACCGGGUGACGGGGCAGAUGCUCUACAAUGGAGCUAUCCCAUCAGAAGCGGUGAUUCGUUCGGUGACCUCCUUUGUGACUCAAGACGAUGAUGCGUUGAUGCCUUCGCUCACUGUUCGGGAGAGUCUGCGAUUUGCUGCAGGGCUGCGGCUGCCGACUUGGAUGACUCGCGAAGAGAAGAACCGUCGCGCCGAGGAAAUUCUAUACAAGAUGGGCCUGAAAGAAUGUGCCGACAAUCUCAUUGGCAGCGAACUGAUCAAAGGGAUAAGCGGCGGCGAGAAACGUCGAGUGACGAUCGCCAUUCAGAUUCUCACGGAUCCCAAGGUCCUCUUGUUGGACGAACCCACUUCGGGACUGGAUGCUUUCACGGCUAUGUCGAUCAUCGAGGUUCUGCAGGGACUGGCGGCUGAAGGUCGCACGUUGAUCAUGACCAUUCACCAGUCGCGCUCCGAUCUUUUUGGUCAUUUCUCGCAGGUCUUACUCCUCGCUCGGGGCGGUUUCCCGGUCUAUGCGGGCGGCGGACCAGAAAGGCUUCCCCAUUUUGCGAGCCUAGGUCACGACUGCCCCAAGACGACCAAUCCGGCCGACUUUGUGCUCGAUCUCAUCACCGUAGAUCUGCAGCAAGAGGACCGAGAAGCGAUCACUCGCGAUCGCGUGCGCAAACUCAUUUCCUCAUGGGGCGAACGACCGCCACAACUCGGACGCACAGCCUCUCGAAUUGCGACGCCUGCGGAGCUAGGUAGUCUGCGACGGCAGAUGCUGCCCUUUCGAGUGACAUUUCCUCUCGUUCUGCACCGGUCUUUCUUGAACUUUUGGCGUCAACCGCCAUUGGUGAUGGCGCGGUCCAUGCAGAUUGUGGGCAUCUCGAUCAUCAUGGCACUGUUUUUUGCGCCUCUAAAACAUGACUAUGCAGCCGUCCAGUCUCGAAUGGGAUUUAUCCAGGAAUUUGCGGCCCUGUACUUUGUUGGUAUGCUUCAAAACAUCGCCAUCUACCCCAAUGAGCGGGAUGUCUUCUAUCGCGAGGAAGCCGAUAGUUGCUACUCUGCCGAAACGUUUCUCCUCGCCUACACGACCAUCGAGAUUCCCUUUGAGAUCAUUUCGUCCCUUGUGUUCGGUGUCCUCGCCGCGUUUGCGGACAAUCUCAAGCAGACCGUACAGAUAUUCCUCAUCAGUGCCUUUAAUUGCUUUUGCAUCAUCAACUGUGGCGAGUCCGUGGGAAUCAUGUUCUGUACGCUGUUCUCGCACGUAGGGUUUGCGGUCAACGUGACCUCGAUCCUUCUCUCGAUCUGCACCAUCCUCGGCGGCGUGAUGAGUCUAGAUGUCAAUGACGUUUUGCAGGCUCUGAAUCAUCUGUCGCCCAUCAAGUACUCCAUCGCGAAUUUGGCUCCUUUCUCGAUGCAUGGACAAGUCUUUGACUGUACUCCGUCUCAGCAACUGGCCGACGGCAGUUGCCCCAUCUCUACGGGGGAACAGGUGCUGGACUUGUACAAUCUGAACAAAGAUGGGCCCAUGAACGUCAUGGCACUGGGGGUAUGCACUAUUAUCUAUCGACUGGUGGCCUAUCUGUUUCUCAAGGCGAUGCGGUCGCAUCGAACGAUGGAGCGAUGGCGCGAGUGGCGCGAGUCGAGAAAGUCCUCUUCCACUUCCUGA